GUGUGUUUUGUUUCCAACUUGCCUGGCUGGGAUUUCUCUCCUUUAUUUUGUAGUGGAAAAAUUGAAGCUGCUGGAACGCUGUCCUGCAAGAGGAUGGCCCUUCUGAUAGGAAAGGGUCAGGCCCUUCUGAAGAGCUCCAGGCACUACUUGGUCACAGUGUCCAUACCAGCAUGCUAUGACCAAAGGGGAGACAACGCACCGACAAAGCCAGCUCACUCUGUCCCUGUGUAACAACCAAUGCAAGCAGGAUGAUGAGCCAAAAGGAUGGUGGUGUAAGCUCUUUUGCUGUGCUGAACUGCUCUUCAUCUCCUAAGACCUGAUGUGAGAAUCACGCACCAAAGCUGGGCAGAUACGGGGCCAAGCAUUUGUGUGCAGCCCUGAGUCACAGCACUGCUCCAAACCUCAAUAUAAUUCUCCAUUUCUGCAGGCUGGGUUCCUGCCAGGAGGAAGCAGUUCAAGUUGAAGGCUGGUGGUUCGUACAGCAGCAGCAGCGGGCGCAUGUCUGUGCUCCCCAGCAGCCGGAGCGGGGAGGGUCUGGCAGGCAACGAGCUGCAGCCCCGGGAUGGCACAAGGCUCCGAGUGCCGGAACUCCCUCCUCUAUUACUACAGCGUCAAAUUUGCUCUGUCUACCUAUGCCACUCUCUUCUCGAUCAUCGGCCUCGUGAUCCUUUGCAUUGGGAUUUAUGCCGAAGUGGAGAGGCAGAAGCACAAAACCUUGGAAGGGAUGUUCCUUGCUCCAGCCAUCAUCCUGCUCCUGCUGGGCUUCACCAUGUUCAGUGUCUCCUUCGUCGGCAUGGUGGGGAGCCUCCGGGACAACCGGACACUUCUGAAGACAUUCUUUUGGGUUCUUCUGGUGAUCUUCAUCACGGAGCUACUGCUGAUAUUCAUUGAAGUCAUCUUUGAAAACAAGAUGAAUGCAGUUUUACACUCUAACAUUCAAGAGGGCAUUCGGCACUAUUAUGACGACCUCGACUUCAAGAACAUCUUGGAUUUUGUCCAAGAAAAGUUUUCUUGCUGUGGUGGCGAUGAAUACCGAGACUGGGAGGUUAACCUGUACCACUCCUGCAAUGGCAGCGGACCGCUCGCAUGUGGUGUGCCCUACACGUGCUGCAUCAGGAAGGUCCCCGGAGAAGUCAUUAACACCUUGUGUGGAUACAGGACACUUGAUAAAGAGCGCCUGGAGCUGCUCGAUGUCAUCCACGUGCGAGGCUGCAUUCACGCCGUCGGGCUGUGGCUGAAAGAUAACUUUGAGUCCACUCUGAGCAUUGUUUGCUCCCUUCUGCUUCCCCAGGUGGUUGGCCUGGUGAUGGCGUGGCUGUAUUGGCAAAAGCUGGAUGAGAUUUACUCCCAGCUGGACACCGUGGACUUCAAGAUGCUGGAGGUGCGUGAUUUCAGCUUCGGGGCAUUGGACCUGAGUGGUGCAGGCUGGUGCUGGUGCUUGCCCAAGGAAGGAGGAUACAUCCCCGUCAAUGCCAUGGAGGAGGAUGAGGAGGAGGAAGAGGAGGAAGGCGUCUGCCAUAAGAAUGAGGAGCCGGAGGGCUGAAAGCAGCAGUGGAAAAGGAAGCUUUGAGCAGACUUAGUGAGGCAGCUGAUGCUGAAUGUGACGAUAUUGCAGUCUGUUUUCUCAGGUUCAGGGGAUACCUUUGGGGAAAACUGCAAAGUAGCAUUGGGAGGCUGUAACAGUGCAAUGCACUGUGUGGGCUCAUGAGCUCCCCAGAGCCCUUUUAUUACAUUGCUGACUUGAAGUAUUUGUACAUCUCUUUAUUAUUAUUAUUAUUUUUUAACACAAUAAACGGGACUGCUGUUCUG